AUGAACUCACUGCUGGCAUUUUCUGCUUGUCACAUGGCUUGGAUCACCCGAAAUACCGAUACAAGUGAUUUAAUGCUCCAGUACAAAGGGUUUGCCAUAAACGGCCUACGAAGAUCUCUUCACAAAUUUUCUGAGAGUAUUUCUGAGGCAGUUUUGGCUGCUUCUAUCCUGCUUUUAUGGCAGGCAAACGAGUGGUGCGACGAUAUCCCAAUAAGAUCGACUAUCCACGGAACUAAAUUUUAUUCGUCGUGUGCUUUACAGGCAGGAAUGGGUUUCACUCCAGUGUGGAAUCACGAGUCUAACUUCAUCGUACAGGUUCUCAAAGCCAUGGCGCCAGCUGCGAAGCGUCGAUCUGAGCUAGCCAUGUUUUGGGAUCGCCAGAAUAGCACCAAGCAUGGCUAUUCUUUGGAGAUUUUCUGUGGCUCUGGUCCUACCAUCCUAGACACGCUCACCGCCGAUUUGCUCGAUAUGGAGAAUUCAUUGGUCUACCAACUUCAUGGUUCACACAUAAGUGAACUAUUGCAGUUUAUCCAGAAGAUACAAUGUGGUGGCCCCUUUGCUGAUAUUGAAGAUACAUUCGAUAGACUGCGCCCGCUAAAGACGUGGCUCCUUUGGCUGCCGCCAGCUCUUUUCGCUGGACAAGAGGAAGUGAGUGCACUUAUUAUACUCUCGCAGUAUGAUACGGCCGCGGUGGCCAUUACGUCAACCUUCCAUUUUCCUGACCUCAAAGACUUUUAUCUUGGAAGCCUAUCCCUCCCCCCGCUUGCAUUCGUUCAAGGAAUCCGUCGCGUGAAAGGCAUCAUGCCU